GUACAUACACGAAGUAAAACAUACGAUGCAUCGGGGCAUAUCCCUAUAAAAUAAAAAAGAAUUGCACACACGCCAAGGCACGCACGCCCAAUCAACAAAACAUGAGUACACAAGCACAAAAGAAAAGUACAUCAGACGGAAGAUGAUCCGCACCAUCAACAGGCUUGUCCUCCUCAUCCUGGAUCGUCAUCAUCAAAGGAUCAUCAAAAGGAAGGUCAUUCCACAUCAAAACUCCGAAGGUGAGGUACCAAGGGGUCAUUUGCGUCAUUGUUGCCACUACAAUGAAAAGUCCUCAACACGUGUAGGAUCAUCAAGUUCACCCUCAAGAAAUAGAUGCCAUGACCCAAGUCCACGAGUUCACCAUAGACCAAAGUGCUAGAGUAAACUCAGCCGAACCUGAACACAGACGGAAAUAGAAAAUGGCUCAUGCAAACUCAAGUGGACCAGGCCCGAAGUCAUAAAACAUGAGAGAAGCACCCAGUCCGGCAUCAUUAGUCACACAAAGGGGUUACGGUUUCCAAGAAGUCUCAACUUUCACACACUCGGGGGUCCAUCGUACCCUUCCCUUGACGGUGUUGAACACUGAAGCCUCGGGCUCACAGUGGCUUCCCAACAAAAAUGUUAGGGAUGCAGCGAGAAAUACAACUGGUAAUCCCACCCAAAGGUGUUCAACAACUCCCAACUGAGGAAGAAGAGGCACGGUUGGUUCAAGGCUCCAGUGACUUUAGGCAGCCCCAAACCAGUAGCACAGCGGCCUUUUCCACCCAGAGACGUCCUCAAUAGACCCAUGAAUCAGCACUACAAACACCAAGUAGUAUGGCUGCCCAAGAGCUGCCUAAAAUGCCAAGUAUGAAUACCAAACAAAGACAUGAGGGACCUGGGCAGUGGUAGACCAAACCAAGGCAGAAGAAGAUCAUCCAAUGCAAAAGGGAGAAGGUUGGCCUGCCAGCAACCUAUGCGUGCCAUCCCCAUCCCUCAAGAACUUGAGUUCAGCGAGCAAACAUCAAACCCACAGGAGGGUCUGUUGUUUGAAGAUGGCAGCCCGGAAAUCAAAAAUUUCCAAACCCAAUCAUGGUCCAGCCCCCAUUCAAGUACAGUUCACCUUACAACAAACAAAAACAGACCCAAAAGCCAAUCAAACCACACCAGGCAGCAGCCUCUGGAGAGUCUCUGGCAAAAGGUUAAUUUCAAAUAUUAAAUAUAGUUGUAAACAUGAUACAAUUAAAAAUUAAGAUUGGGGCACAACCACAGCUGAAUUAGCACAUAUAUAAACAUGGAGGUAUAAUAGGAAUCAGUCAUUAAUUAAAUAGCGAUACACAGAAUUAAUGAUGAAGGUAUAAACAUGGAAAAAUCUACAUAGAUAUAUGCACACAUAGAUGAGGGUAUAAACAUGAAAAAAUCUGUACACAUUAAUUUAAGAGAUCAUGUUAAGACCUAAAAUAUGUUGGCUUCAUAUAAUGAUUCAAAGUUUCAGAAAGAAGGAUAGAUCAAAGUUUCAUAUAAUCCAGGCUUCAUAUAAUGAUUCAAAGUUUCAGAAAGUAAAUGCUUAAAGUGGUCCAAAUGUAGAAAAAAAGGUCCAUCCAGGGCCCGAACUUGUGUAAUCCCUAAUUCAGAGAAACAAUUAAGGGA